CUACUUGAAUUUAAUUCGCUUUUCUUGAGUUCAACUGCUACCCGCUGCGUUGCAAUUACGUCGUUCACUAUCAUGCAUUACUACAAUACACUCGUUUUGUUAGCGUUAUCGCUCCCUCUUGUGGCGCACUCCAAAUCGAUCUAUAUCGACAAAAGCUGUACAUCCAGGUCGAGUUGGGAUGAUGAUUGGAAAGAAACGCUGAAGCUUGCAAAGAGAGCGAGGGAGCGAAUGGAUAGUUCAACUGACACUGAUUUUGAAGCCGUGUUCAAGCGUGUUUUCCAGACAGAGAAAAGCUCCGACGAGGGGAAGUACGCAAGGAGCAUUCUGGAAGACAUCGAGGGUUUGUCCACAGUCACCGAUCUCAAAAAGUCCGAUAUCAGAAUGUUCUGUGAUAAUGACAAGCGUUGGGGAGAUGCGAGAGCCAACGGGGGUUGGUAUGAUAAAACUAAUGAGAUGGUUACCAAAAAUGAACCAUCAUGUCUAAAAGACCUUGCACUGGGCAGGGUCUACGAGCGGAAGGCAAAGGCACCAACCGAUAAGAACAGCCCACGCGCGGGCCAUAAUCCAGAUCGUGUCGUCGUCACUAUCUGCGAUGCUACAUUCGUUAGUCAAGAAGAUAUUCCUCUCAGGAUCGAUAAAAAAGUGGAGGAACAAGAUUUGAGUGAUAUGCCGAUCAACUACCUCUCACUUACUGUCUCUCAAACUAUCCUUCACGAACUUGCGCAUGCUGUAUCGUAUGCUGCAUCUGAUGAAUCCUCAGAUAAAAAGCUCCAGAUUCUGGAUCUCCCGGACAAAGAACAUGCUUAUGGCUGGAACAACGUUAUCACGAAAGAAGCCGAAAUGGCUGUUAAAAAUGCGGAUAACUAUGCGUUCCUCGGCAAGUGGGCAGUGGCCGGUGAUAUGGGUUACACGCUCCCGCGAGUGAAUGAGGCGGAUUUGAGCGAUGAGAUUAAGAAGGAGAGGGAAGAGGAUGCGGUAGAAGGGUAUCUCAAUAAGUUUACAGAUAUCACGAAGAGAAUGCUCAUGCCGCUUGUCGCGCGGGCUUUCUCAUCAUGA